CACAGCUGCCUAAAAGACAGUAGAGUUGUCUUCACUGGGUCUCCUUGUUCCUUCAUCUGCCCUGCAGAUGCAGAGGCAAGUGAAUGCCCUUGGUGGGCACCAUGUGUGCAAGAGGGGCUCUCCACUGCCUAUGCAUGUUCUCAGUAGGUGGUUUCUACCUCUACUGCUAAACAGCAGCAGCUGGCAGAACAUAGGCCUGAAUUCUUCCAUGUUCAUUUUUCUCCACGUAACUCCACUGGCCUGUGGAGUUAUGUCUGACAGAGGAGGUGUCACACAGCCUCCAGUUACCUUAGAGCUUGAUGAAACGGAAGAAAGUUGACAUGAAGCUAAAAAGCUCCCACAAAGUGCAGCCCCAGACUUGUCAGGUGGUGCACAUUUCAUCAUGGGCAAGAGCUGAAGGUCAUUUGACCCAAAUAUAGCUGUGUGGUGCAAAACACCUUCAUUGUCCUGGACAGCACAAGAUCUCUAGAAAAAGCUGGGCUGCCAAUGAGCUCUCCAGUUCAUGUGUCCUGCAGUCUUUUGAAAGGACUGCUGUGAGGACAAAGCAGGGGAACCAUCACUGUGUCUGCCUGGGAGGACUCCUGAAAACCAGCACCUGAAGCUGCAUCACAGGCUCCCUGAGGCAGAGACACCACCAAAGACUGGCGACGUGCACAGGAUGUCUGAAACAACGAGCACCAACGAGGAGAAUAAACUUCCAUUGAAUGGGAGAAGAGCCAUCCCACCAAACUACUCCAAUGAUGAAGAAAAUGAUGUUCCUGAGAUGGAAGCUUUUGGAUUGAUACCUAGAGGAUUUAAUCCCAGAGAUUACCUGCGUGUUGUGGAUAUUUAUAUGUUCAAGGAUCCUCACGAGAUCAACAAGCAGGAGCACCACACUGACAAGUACUACAACCCCAAGCUGAUCGUGCGUCGGGGACAGGCUUUCCAAAUCCAGAUUGACUUCAACCGACCCUACAAGCCAGAGUCAGACCAAUUCUGGCUGGAGUUUUUGAUGGGUCGCUACCCACAGCAGAACAAAGGCACCUACAUCCCAAUCCUAGUAGGCAGCGUGCUCAAACCUGGUCAGUGGGGAGCAAAGAUUAUCCACAGGGAAAACAACUCCAUUCGGCUGUCCAUCAUGUCCUCUACCACCUGCAUCAUCGGGAAGUUUCGCUUGUAUGUUGCUGUCUUGACUCCCUUCGGCAUCCUACGGACACGCAGGAAUUCAGCGACUGACACCUACUUCUUGUUCAAUCCCUGGUGCCAGCUGGAUGCUGUGUACCUGGAUGACGAGAAAGAAAGGGAAGAAUAUGUUCUGAAUGAUGUUGGUAUUAUAUUCCAUGGAAACGUUGAAGAUGUAAAAUCAAGAAGCUGGAGUUACGGGCAGUUUGAAGAAAACGUUCUGGAUGCUUGCCUGUUCCUGAUGGACAAGGCAGAACUAGAGCUCUCUGGUCGUGGAAACCCAAUCAAAAUCUGCCGUGUUGCCUCAGCAGUGAUUAACUCCAGGGAUGACAAUGGUGUGAUUGCUGGAUCCUGGAACAAUUCAUACGAUAAUGGUGUUGCACCUUCAGCCUGGACAGGAAGUGUGGACAUUCUCUUGGAGUACUACAGUUCUAAGCAACCUGUCCGAUAUGGCCAAUGCUGGGUUUUUGCUGGUGUCUUCAACACAUUUCUGAGAUGCUUGGGGAUACCUGCAAGACUCAUUACCAACUAUUCUUCUGCCCAUGAUAACAAUGCCAAUUUACGGAUGGACUUCUUUCUGGAUGAUGAAGGAAAAGUGGACACCAGACUUACAAAAGAUUCUGUCUGGAAUUAUCAUUGCUGGAAUGAAGCUUGGAUGACCAGACCUGACCUUCCUGUUGGCUUCGGAGGAUGGCAGGUUGUUGAUGGGACACCUCAAGAAACCAGUGAUGGUAUGUACAGGUGUGGUCCAGCCUCAGUUCAAGCCAUUAAACAUGGUCACGUUUGCUUCCAAUUUGAUGCUCCUUUUGUCUAUGCUGAGGUGAAUAGUGACAUUUUUUACACAAGAAUGGAGAAAAAUGGAACCCAAGUGGUAGAAAACAUUGACACAACCCGUAUUGGGCAGCUGAUUGUGACCAAGGAAGUUGGAGGUGAUGGAAUGGUGAAUAUUACUGAGGAGUACAAGUUCCGAGAAGGCUCAGAUGAGGAGAGGCUGGCUCUUGAGACUGCUGUGAUGUAUGGUGUUAAAAAGCAAAGCAUCCAAGACACCACGUACCAGCCACAGACAGAUGUUGACAUGGACUUCCAAGCGCAAAAGGCAGUCCUUGGCAAUGACUUUAAAGUCACUAUAACUUUCAGGAACAAGAGUCGCAACUCCUACACUGCAACCACCUACUUUUCGGGCAACAUAGUGUUUUAUACAGGAGUCCCAAAAAGUGAAUUCAAGAAACACUCUUUCAGUGCAAAACUGGAACCCUCUUCACCCAGCUCUUUCGAUAUUGUGAUAAAAUCGAGCGAGUACAUGCGUGACCUGCUGGAGCAAGCCUCCUUUCAUUUCUUUGUGACUGCGCGGAUCAAUGAAACGGGGAAGAUUCUGGCCGUGCAGAAGGCGGUAAUGCUGGAAAUUCCCACCCUGCGGAUCAAGACCAAAGGUGAACUGGUAGCUGGUAAAGAAACGUCUGUGAUUGUGGAAUUCACCAAUCCUCUGAAACAAACCCUGGAGAACGUCACGCUCCGCCUCGAGGGACCUGGCAUGCUGAGAACAAUAAAAAAGCAGUUCGGGAGAAUCCCGAUGAACUCUACAUUGACCUGGGAGGUAAAAUUUACCCCAAUGCGAGCAGGUUUACGGAAGCUGAUUGCAAGCCUGAAUUCUGAUGCUUUGAGGCAUGUGUAUGGUGAGCUGAAUGUCCAGAUUCAGAAACCAUGAACCAAGGUGCUGCCUUCUUCUCUCAUUUAGCUAUAUUUAAAAAUAUCAUGGUAAGGGGAGGCUGAUGGAGAGGUAUAAAUCUUGGUCAUCCUUCUGCUGCAAAAAAAUUGAUAAAGCAAACUAAUUGGUAUGACUGGGGAGAGCAUAAAAAAAGCACCUGGAUGCUGAAUGAUUUAAAAUUAGCUAUAUAUAAUUAAAGGCAAUUCUAGGUCAUAUUAUUCCUGUAGCUCACUUGUAUUUAUGGUCUUUUGCAUUAGUGCUGCAAGGGAAUUUGAAAAGCUCCAUUCGCCAGAGUAAUCUGAACUUUAGUUUUAAUUAAGGCCUGGUAUUUCACUGAAAAGGGAAGGAAAAAAAUAAAGAAGCCAGUGUUAUAAAUUCUUAGACUGAAUUACACAAUGUUAUGGUAGAUCAUUCGGGCUGCAAUAGAAACAGGUAUUUCUAGCUAAAAGGGUCUGCUUUAUCCUACAAAUUAAUAAUGUUCUGGUUCAUGGAGAGCUCACUUUGCUGGAAGCAUCUCUCAGGAUGUUUUAUCUCCAGAAUAUUCUCAGCCUCUUGUUUUGUCUUGCAGCUUCCCUGUGCUUUUUCUCCUACUCUCUUGUGUGCAGGCACUUACACAGACUCACUUCAUACCCUCAUCAGACCUCGUAUGCAGUUGGUGUGCUCUUCCUCUACUUUGCUGGGUGAAAAUCCAGAGUUUUUCUGCCUCUGCUCAGAGUUUACCCCACAAAACCUGCACUUGCUGGUCAGAUCUCUUGUGUAAGACUUGUUCUCUCUUCACCUUUCUCUGCCUUUUUUCUCUCCUAAACCCACCCUGUAGACCCAUCUCCCACGAGUGUGUCAGGAGCGUUUGCUGUCCCAGAGCAGUCCAGGCUGGAAAAUAGGAUGAAGGAAAGAGGAGUGGAGCAGGGAGCCUGAGGGUCUUCUCCUGCCACUGCCACAAGCCUAGCCAGUGUUCUGCACUGGAGCUAGCGGUGACUUUAAACUAAAAGUAUGGGUGUGGGAUUUGCAGGCAACCCCA